AUUUUGAUGGCUUAGAGAAAUCCUAGCAUUUUCCUAGUAAAUUUCUAAUACUUAGUAAUUGACUUUAGUUUCGUUUUUUUUUUUUUUGACAAAUUGACUUUAGUUUCCUAGCAUCUCUCAAAUUUGGAUUCUUUAACACCUUGUGAGACUUUAUAUAGAUAAUAUUGAGGACUCAAACUUAAUAUUUUCAAAAUAACCUAUUUCCACCACUACUUGUACCAUUUUUUUUUAAGCAACCACUACUUGUACCAUUAAAUGUUUAUAAUUCAAUAAAUGAAUAAAUUUACUUAAUCAGCAAAGGAAUGUGAACAGUAGAAAGGGAGGUGUAGGUAGUAUCAACCCAGAGCAAAACCUGGUCAAACUUCACAGGCCCAUCAGCCCAUGAAUAUAUAGGUCCAUGUAAAACUUGUACCGCAUCGCAGUGAUGGCAAGUGGCAAAUGCAUAGCCGUUUGAUCCGUAUAGUUUCCAAGACCGCGCGUGAAUAAGCUACAUAACCUUUUUUGCCGCUCAAAUUUGUUCUUAAUCACUUCACUGGCGGCUUAAGCUCAGAGAUUAUAGAACACGACGAACUCAACUUUGCUCUCUUCUUCUCGAUUCGGAGCUUCUCUGAAGCAAUCGCAACUUCUUCUCAAACUUACUCUGUUGUGUCACAGUCAUGGAUACUGAUGAAGAGUGCUCAAUUUUUCUUCAGUUAUCUGAAAAUGAUCCUUUCUUUGAUGAAAAGAAGAAAUUACUACGAUGUAAAGGGUUUAAUCCCAAGGAACGGAUAUAUCUCAGGUGCUCCUCAGAACCUCAUUGGAUGAAUGAUACUGUGAAGACCUUACUUCAGAUUGCAAGGAUCAUACAGUUAAAUGAGCUGGAACUAUAUUUUGCUGAAGAGGAUGCCUCAGUCGAGUUUUACAGCUCCAGGAAUGAGUUGGAGGCUCUCAAUUCAAUUAUUUUGCUCACCGACAAAUCGCUUUCUAGUUGUCAACAUUCCCAUACAAAUAUGCUGCAAGGGUUACGGCAAACAAUUCUUGAUUUAAUUUCUGAUUUUGGGGACCAAAAUAAUCUGAAGGGAGUACUUGAAAAGUACCACAGUUGUGAGAAAGAAGAACACCUGAUCAAGUGGGGUAAAAGCCAUGGUGCAAAGACACAAUUAAAGAUAGCUUAUGUUGAAGGAGCGGGUCGGGGAAUGAUAGCAGAGAAAGAUCUAAAAGUUGGAGAUAUUGCUUUAGAAAUUCCUGUGUCCAUUAUCAUUUCCGAGGAGCUUGUGCUUGAGACUGAUAUGUACCGUGUCUUAAAAGAGGUUGAUGGCAUAUCAUCUGAGACAAUAUUGCUAUUAUGGAGUAUGAAAGAGAAGUACAACUGUGAUUCAAAAUUCAAAUGUUAUUUUGACACACUUCCAGAAAAAUUUAAUACAGGAUUGAGUUUUGGGAUUGAAGCGAUUACAAUGUUAGAUGGAACCUUGCUGUUUGAAGAGAUAAUGCAAGCAAGACAGCACCUGCAUGCUCAGUAUGAUGAGUUGUUUCCUGCUCUGUGCAAUGGUUUUCCUGAUAUAUUUCCUCCAGAGCUGUACACGUGGGAGAAUUUUUUAUGGGCUUGUGAACUUUGGUAUUCCAAUAGCAUGAAGAUAAUGUUUUCAGAUGGAGAGCUGAGGACAUGUUUGAUCCCUGUUGCUGGCUUUCUUAAUCAUUCACUGUGCCCACAUAUUAUGCACUAUGGCAAAGUAGAUCCUUCAACAAAUUCAUUGAAAUUUUGUCUAUCAAGACCAUGCAGAUCUGGAGAAGAAUGCUGCUUAAGUUACGGGAACUUCUCCAGCUCUCAUUCUAUUACAUUUUAUGGUUUCUUACCUCGAGGAGAUAACCCGUAUGAUGUCAUUCCUUUAGACAUUGAUAGUUCAGAUAUUGAUUCUAUCGAGGAUAAACCUGUGUCCAACUGGGCGGUUCACAUGGUGCGUGGUACAUGGCUCUCCAACAAUCACAGCAUAUUCUAUUAUGGCCUUCCCUCUCCAUUAUUGAAUCAUCUUCGGAGAUCUCGAAGCCCGCUGCUACAAACAAAGACUGUCUUGCAAGGAAACUUGGAAAAUGAGCUGGAAGUUCUUGGAGAUCUUAAAGACAUCUUUGAUGACAUGAUGGACAAUAUGGGUGAUAUCGAUCUUGAUGACAGAGAAAACUACAGUUGGGAUGAAAAAUUGGCUGUGGAUUUUAAAAAUCUACAAAGACGAAUUGCUCAUUCCAUUUCAAUUUCAUGUCAAACUGGAGUAAGCAUGUUAAAGAAUGAACUGCGCAAGUGUUUGGCUGAGGACAUCCUAGGCUAAUUGAUUGACGCCGUAUAUGCUUAUUUGGACCUUAGUUUACAUUUUGAUGUAUUGAUGAUAAAAAUCAGAAUGAAGUUUUGGCGUCUCGGCCAAUAUGGUAUAUGGUGCAGCUCAGAAUGUCUUCUUCGGGUUGAAAAAUGGUUGGUUCCAGAAUAUUGUUUUUUCAGUAAGAAACAGUGGUAUUGCUUGCUGUAGUUCUAUUGACGCAUUUCUUUUGAAAAA